UUACAUGUGCUAUAAAAGCUAACAACAAAAUAGGGUUUCCGCCUCCUCAAGCCUCUGCCGUGUCCGGUCUAUCGCAGUUGCCCUCCACUUCAGGCGAGCCACAAUGACUAAGCGAACAAAGAAAGCAGGCAUUGUUGGGAAGUAUGGUACCCGUUAUGGGGCCAGUCUUCGGAAGCAGAUUAAAAAGAUGGAGGUUAGCCAGCAUAGCAAAUACUUCUGUGAAUUUUGUGGGAAGUAUGCAGUGAAGAGGAAGGCUGUUGGAAUUUGGGGUUGCAAAGACUGUGGCAAAGUUAAAGCUGGUGGUGCUUAUACUUUGAACACUGCCAGUGCCGUGACCGUGAGGAGCACCAUUCGCAGGCUGAGGGAACAAACUGAGGGUUGAACCUCUUUUUGAUAAUUUUAUAGUCUAUUUUUAUUCCUUUUUGUAUUUUGCAUCUUAAAUGCAAAAGUAUUUAACUUUUUGUAGCAAACUUCUUUAUUUGAUUUAUGGAAUAUUAGUUACCAGUAUUGGUUGGCAUGGCCAA